UUAUUACAGUAAUUAUUUAUAGAGCAAGUCAUUCUGUUGUUUUCCAACGCAACUACUGCACUAUUAAUACAGUCGAUAAAGAAACAAUCAAACACACUACUACUGAAUUUUAUGAAGUGCAACUACUACCAAUGGAUGCUAAAAAAAGUGAUUGUAAUUUUUAUGUUUAUCUAAAAUUAAGUGGCGAAAAGUUAAAUAAUAGUGGUUGUUUGCUUUAAUUAAACACCUAUACUGAAUACGGAUUCGAAAGAAAACGCUUGGUAAUAAACGGUGUGAUAAAAUUUUAAGUAAUGAAUCAUACGACUUUCUUCGUAUGGACCCGCGUGGACUUGGCUAUAUAUUAUUUGAAAAGCUUGCAGAACACGGAAAGGAUGUAAUGCAAAUAGAUACAAUAACAGGAAAAGAGGACACAUUCGUGAAUUUUCGGACAAGAUGCAUAAGAACGGCGUUACAUAUGAAGUCUAAAGGUUACAGUCCGCAGGAUAAAAUUACAAUUUGCACUUACAAUACUUUGGAUUCUGCGGUACCUCUUAUCGCAUCUAUUUUAACGGGACUUGUGCCCAAUACUCUGGAUCCCUCAUUCUCUGUUGAUGACUUUAAAUAUUAUCUUCAACUGAUAAAGCCGAAAGCAAUAUUUGUAGCCCCAGAAGUUGAACAUUCAAUCAAGGAAGCAGCUAAAUCCAAUAAUUUAGAUACGGAAGUAAUAGUUUUUGGCACUUCCUUUAAUGAUUUCCUGAUACCAGUGGAAGGAGAAGAAACAUUCGUACCAUUUCUGCCUUUAAGCGUUCGAGAUACGGCUUUAGUUUUGUUCAGCAGCGGUACAACUGGGAAACCGAAAGCAAUCUGCUUGAGUCACGUUGGCUUGUAUCAAUUUGCUACAUCAAAAACGAUUUGUGUAAAAAGUGACCGAUUGCUCUUCUUUUCUUCGCUGUAUUGGAUAUCUCAAGUUUGUCUAACAUUUGCUAAUAUCAUAUUUGGGUUUGUAAAAUUAGUCUAUCCGAAAUUUGAUACCGCACGGACAUUUUGUAACAUCGUCAGAGAUUAUAAACUGCAUACAACUUUUCUGCCUCCUUCCACAUUAGUAGAGAUUUCCAAUUACUGCAUACAAAAUGGAAUCACCCUUCAAAUGGAUAACAUAUUCGUCGGCGGAGCCACAGUAUCCAAAGAACAUUUGAAAUUGGCUAGUAAAGUUUUCCCAAGUGCAAAAUUCUUGAACUGCUAUGGACAAACUGAAGUUGGAUUCAUUUCGGCCUUUCCCAGAAAGGAAAAUUUUACCGAAAAGCAUGAAGAGAAAGUUUUCGCAGGAUCAUCCGGAAACAUUAGUCCAGGAAUAACAUUACGGAUUGUAAAUUUGGAUACCGAAGAGACAUUGGGCCCUAUGGAGGAGGGUGAAAUCCGUCUCCGAUCCAAUACAUUAAUGAACGGUUACUAUGGAGUGGAUUCGUCAGAUGUAUACGAUUCUCAGGGUUGGUUCAAAACAGGAGAUAUUGGUUAUUAUGACGAAGAAGAAUUUAUUUAUAUUGUUGGUAGAUGUAAAGAAAUGCUCAAGUACAAAUCGUUCCCAGUAAGUCCUGCGAUUUUGGAAGAUGUAUUGUUACAGCAUCCAGCGAUUAAAGAAUGUGUUGUAACUGGAAUACCUCACGAAGUUGACGGUGACCAUCCCGUAGCAUUUGUUACCCUUAAACAAGGUUUCAAGGUUAAUCCUGAUGAAAUAAAGGAGUUUGUUGACGAUCGUGUCGAUGAUCGCAAAAAGCUAAGAGGAGGCGUUAUAUUAAUUGACAAUAUACCUUUAACGGCAACGGGAAAACCCCAACGUCGUAUGUUAAAAGAAAUGCUACAAAGUAUUAAUUGCCAAUGAAAAAAUUAUUUAGUAACGCUAUUUAAAGU